GUAAAAAACUGUAGUUUUUGAACUGAAGCUAAACGACGACUUUUUACAACUUCUGACCUUCGCGGAACAAAUACGAAAAGCCUGCCGGAAUCCGGAAAUCGUCGGCGUCAGGGGUUCAUCUUCAGGCUUGUAUAUCUACAAAUUAGCAGAACACAGUGAAGAUCUCCUUUCUAUCAUCGGAUAAGCUGUCGUUGUGUUAUCUGAUCGUCGGCGGCGUCCUCCAGAUUUUGCUUUGGCGCCCGGCUAUAAUCUCUUUACGUUGGGCACGGUGAUUUUGCGAUGGAAGAGCAGUUGCUCCUCCAAAUUUCUCCGAAUGAUGCUCGGGGAAGUCCUGGAAAGGAACAGCAAGCGGCUGGAGUUGGAAUCCUUCUGCAGAUCAUGAUGCUCGUUCUCUCAUUUGUCCUCGGUCACGUCCUCCGCCGCCAUCGGUUCUACUAUCUUCCCGAAGCUAGCGCCUCCCUUUUGAUCGGUCUAAUUGUAGGUGGCUUGGCUACAAUUUCAGAUACUGAAAGAAACAUUAGGGCAUGGUUUAACUUUCACGAAGAAUUCUUCUUCCUCUUUCUGUUGCCUCCUAUCAUAUUCCAGUCUGGAUUUAGUUUGUCACCAAAACCAUUCUUUUCAAACUUUGGAGCCAUUGUGACAUUUUCCAUAUUUGGAACAUUUGUUGCUUCAAUUGUUACAGGCGUCUUGGUUUACAUUGGAGGAGUGGUAUAUAUCAUGUACAAACUUCCUUUUCUUGAGUGUCUGAUGUUUGGGGCUCUUAUAUCAGCAACCGACCCUGUCACUGUUCUGUCUAUUUUUCAGGAGCUCGGCACAGAUGUGAACCUUUAUGCAUUGGUGUUUGGUGAAUCUGUUUUAAAUGAUGCAAUGGCAAUUUCUCUAUACAGGACAAUGUCAUUAGUGAGGAGCAAUGCCUCAUCUGGACAGAACUUUUUUAUGAUCAUGGUCCGAUUUCUAGAGACUUUUUUUGGAUCAAUGUCAGCAGGUGUUGGUGUUGGAUUCAUUUCUGCUUUGCUUUUCAAGUAUGCUGGAUUGGAUAUUGAUAACCUGCAGAACUUGGAGUGUUGUCUAUUUGUUCUUUUCCCAUAUUUUUCUUACAUGUUGGCGGAAGGGCUCGGUCUUUCUGGCAUUGUCUCUAUACUGUUCACUGGAAUUGUAAUGAAACGCUAUACAUACUCAAAUUUGUCAGACAGCUCUCAGAGAUUUGUAUCUUCAUUUUUUCAUCUGAUAUCUUCAUUGGCUGAGACAUUUGUAUUUAUAUAUAUGGGUUUUGAUAUAGCUAUGGAACAACAUAGUUGGUCACACAUUGGAUUUAUUUUCUUCUCAAUUCUAUUCAUCGGAAUUGCAAGGGCUGCAAAUGUGUUUGGUUGUGCAUAUCUGGUGAAUCUGGUAAGACCUGUACAUAGAAAAAUACCACCAAAACAUCAGAAAGCACUCUGGUACAGUGGACUUCGAGGGGCUAUGGCUUUUGCCCUUGCCUUGCAGUCAGUUCAUGAUCUCCCCGAAGGUCAUGGUCAGACAAUUUUCACAGCAACCACGGCAAUUGUUGUUUUGACGGUUUUGAUUAUUGGUGGAUCAACUGGUACUAUGUUGGAAGCUUUAGAUGUUGUCGGAGAUGCUUAUGAUGGCUCCUUGAGUGAAAGAUUAGAGGGGAGUAAUGGCUAUAGUGCACCUUCUUAUGACGAUGAUGAGGAAUCAUCAUCCGGAAGCAGGUUCAAGAUGAAACUAAAAGAGUUCCAAAAGAGCACAUCGUCCUUUACAGCAUUAGAUAGGAACUACCUAACUCCAUUCUUUACAACUCAAAGUGGUGAUGAGGAUGAACUAGGUACUGGUACUGAUUUACACGCAAGUAAUUCCAGACGAGCAGGAUUUCAUGGCCAUACAUAAAGCUUCCAGCUGAUAGGGAACUCACUCAGAGGCUUACUUUUAAUGAUGAACGAUGGAAACAACUUUGUAUACGUGAUAGUAAGGCACACACACUUGUAGGUAUUUUCUAAUUCACCAAAGCAGGAAUGAUUAGUAAUAUUAACCCGUAAUGUAUGGUAGUAACCCCAGUGGGGGUUUAGGGUUUCACGGAUGGAUGAUUAGUGCUAAUGCUAUUUUACUAUUCGUGGUUUACCUAUUUGAGCCUCGAGAGUUAGGUGCAUUUUGGGAACCAGGUAUAAGAGUUGACUUGGACCGUUUUGAAAGACCAGAACCAGAACAGUACUCGGUACCAGUUUAACCUGAGUAUGAUUCCAUUCUACACAUACGUUGCCCAGAACUGGCAGGUCCUAUUGCCGUCCUGGUUCUGUUUCAUUUCUCACUUAUUUGUUUAUAUUAUGUUUGUGUACGAUAUUUAAUCAUUAGCAAUAUAAUACGUAGUAGUAUA